AUCUCAAAUAUAUUUGAGACGUUUUGCUUUGUGGUUGACAUGCUAUUUAAAAUAAGCGAGAUUUCAGAACUUGCCUUCAUUCUGCUAAAUCACUUUCCUGACACUUGCUUUCAUAGCUAGUGAGUGGAGUAAAAAAUGCAUUCUCAGAUACUGCUGUUGAUAGCUAUUAUACCUCAUAUUCUAUGUGAGUCUGAAUCUACUGAUGUGCCUGCCGAGCUCCAACAGGAUCUAGCUGAAACUCAAACAGUUCCUGCAGAAUCCUAUGAAAUUCCUAUUGAGUCUUUUGGACCUCCAAAACCAUACAGCUUUGGUUACAAAGUUCAUGACAAGGAUGGUGAUCAGUGGAGACAAGAAAACAGCGAUGGCCUCGGAAAAAUUCAGGGUUCCUAUGGUUACAUUGACAACCAUGGGAUGCAAAGGGAAGUGCAUUAUGUGGCCGAUGAUGAAGGCUUCCGGGCCCGCAUCAAGACCAACGAGCCGGGAAUGGAUGUACCCAAUCCAGCAGACGUUGUUCUAGAAGCCAAUCCUCCAUCAGAUUACGAUGCUAGCGUCUAUGGACAAGAUGCUACUAUCUAUGGAGUGGAGGAUUUAGGAGAGGCACCGAAGUCGAACUUAGUGUCACAACCUCUGAUGAAAGGACCUUUGCCGAAAGGUUUCUAUAAGUAUCACAGAUUUGCAGAGCCUUCUGUGCCUCCCGUAUAUGUAGUGGAUGGGCAUUUACAGAGUCCAUGGUUCCCCAUGGAUUCGAUUACAAUCAUAUAAGUUACAAAGGCAUUCAUAGGUCUUAACAGAGAUCUGGUUACAUUUGGUACUACUUUUUAAGGUUUACUAGUUUUUGCCACUUCUGUGGUAGUAUACGUAGCGCAUUGUGUCAAACUUUUGUGAUAAAAACUGUAGUACAAAUAAGUAAGCGGCUCGAGAAGUCAAAUGAAGGACCUUAUAAAAAUUUAUGGAAAAUAAUUAUUUGUUAAUUUUUAUGGGCUUCUUAAGUAGCAAAUAGAUGGUGGAUAAAAUUCCUGGUAAAAUAGCAUAAACUGAAGCACGAGCUAUAAAAAUUGCUUUCAACUGACUUUUUAUAAAGAUAAUUUUUUUUUAAGCUUUAUACGAAUAUAAAGCAAUGUUGCUGCUGAUAAGGCCCAAUUAAUGCAGUCUUAAGUAGAGCAAUCUUUCAGGAGCAGUCGACACCUAUCAGUUGUUAUGAAUAGGAAAAUAAAUUUAUUGCGCUUUUCUCCAUAUGAGUUAAGUUUGUAUUUCCCAGUCCUUCAACUCUUAAGCCACAGGCCGAGGCCUUUCAGAAAGGUGCUCAGUUAGGCUUUGUAGCUUAAAAAAGCAGCUGAACAAUUUCUACUCAAAAUGAGAUAAAAUUCAAUCUAGAGUUAAAUUUAAAAUGUAUGUAUUAAUUUUGCUGAAAGCAACUUACGAAUCGUCUGUAAGCUGAGAAGCACAGAAAAUACUUUACACACCUUUCCAUUUUUUGCAAAAUGUUAUUUAUUGCUAAUCACAAAGUUGUUGUCUGAGGAAAUUCUGAGUGGUCGUUAUAAAGCCAAAAUUGAACACGACUUUUCACAUAAUGCUUUUAACUCAGAUCAUUAAUUUAACAUCUUUACUUCUGAGGUAAGUUUUAAAGACUUUGAAUAAGGCCAAAACAAUUGCCAGGCUAGGGUACCUGGUAAAAGUUUCACUCGUCUCUAGACUGCUUCUGCCGUUAUGGAGUGUGUAUUACAUCUGUCAUUAUCGAGCACAAAAACUAGAUCUGUAUCUUUUGAAGAAGGUCCAUUUUGAAAAAAUUCCGUAAAAUUUCCUAUGAUUCUUUAUUUAUGAUACCCGUAUAUGGCACAGAUUAAUAUCUAUAUAUGAUGUUUUAAAAAGAUUGCACAGCUAAGCAUUUCUUGAAUGUUUAAUCAUAGAACUAUGGUUUAACUUUAAAAAAUGAUUCGAAUAAAGUUGACUUUCAAGUUAUUACAGUUUUGGCCAUAUGCUAGUAAAAAUGAAAGGCCUUUAAUAUUUAUAUAGGCUCCUUAAGGGAAAACUUUUAAUAAAAAAAAUGAUUUUCGAGAUAUGAAAGAGAUAAAAAUGCAUAAUCACGUAAAAGAGCCUUAGAUAUUAUUCGACCUAAUUAUUUGGAACAUUUUUCUUAUAAAAUUUAAAUUUUAUAUUUGAGGGGGCUAACAGUGAUCACGUGAUCAAAUAGACUGAAAGCUUAUUUUAUUUGACUUAUUUCUCAAACUGGAGCAAUGGCUCUGCGACUAGGCGCUCAUAGGAUAUUUUAUAAUACAAUCUUUUCGAAAUAACAUGUAUCUAAAAACGAUAUGAAGAACUUUGUUUUUCAUCUUAAAAUUUAUGCAACUACCAUAAAAUAUUUUUAGCAACAGCAGUAUCUUACCAAAAAGUGCAUUUAAAUGAAAUUCUUUGUUUCAGAUGGCCAAAAAUUGAUUCAUUUGUUGUUGUAUAUUACUGCUUUCUUUUCACGUAUGUAUUCUCUUACAUUUUUCAUAUUAAAAGAAAUUCGAUUAAUAUAAAUAUGAAUAGUUAUCAAUAUUUUAUUGCAGCAAAUAAAAAAAGGAACUGAAAGCAGAAAUUUAUCAAUAAAAGGAAAGUAAAAGGAAGCAAUAAGUUACAUUCUUCGUUAAGCAUCAUCUGCAUCAAGAUUUUUUUUUCUUUAAAAAUAACUGCGAAAUAAUUUUUUCUCUUAAGAUAUAAAUUAAGAUUCUUUCGAAUUUAAAUUCUCUGAAAACUAAGUCUUAUUGGAAAAUAGAAAAGAGAAAAACUGUAAUGAUUUAGAAUUUGUUUGAGAGCUUAAAUUUAUCGUUUGAGUAAACACAAAAAAGAAUCUUCUCUUUAAUGCAUAAAAAAUAAAAUUUUAUUUGGCAGCGAAUUUGAAAGCAGUUCAUUGUAAUUACUGCCAUAACAUUUUCUCAGAAAAUUAAGUUUGACUCGCAUCAAAACUUUUUAAGGAAGAAAUAAAUUUAUUCGCAUUAACUAAAAACGUUUUGUAAAAAUAAUAAAAAUGAUUAGCAAUACUGAAAGAAUUUAAGUUAUGAUUAGUAGAAAAUAUAAUUUAAAGAUAAAAAGGAGAAAUUCCUCAAAAAUAGUUGAACGCAAAAUAAAAUUAUAAAUACCAUUUGCAAAAGGCAAAAGAUGAGAAAAUCAAACAUGGCCGUUGUUGCUUAAAACAUGAUCAUUUAAUAUAAUAAAUUCGAAUUUAUAAUUUUUUAUUAUAUCUUGAAUACAAACAACGCUCUUCUAUACUUUUAUAGUUAUCGAAAAGUUCCUAUCAUUAAUUUUUCAAGCAAUAACGAAUUAUAUUAUUGUUUAUCUAACUUAAAUUAUCUUCAUUGUAAUAAUGAAUAAUAAUAAUAAAACACGCCUUAAUAUUUAGUGAAAAGUUAAGAUUAUCUUGCUACCAGUGAUGACCUAUUCUCAGCAAAUAAAAUGUUAGUGAACUUAAGUUUUGAAAAAUAAACUAUCAUCUGAAAAGAAGUCUGUUAAUUAAAUGUUAGUUGCUUUGUAAAUAAUUACCAUCAUUGUAAAAUAUCAUCAUCAUAUUUUUUGUUUGUUUUAAUAAAAGCUUGUUAUACAU